CGGGGUGUUUGGGAUCCAGGGAGGACCAUGCACGAGCGAGCCCUGGGCUGGGUAGCUGCAGCCCAGGCAAGUACCCCCAGGCAGCCAUGGACCCGGCGCCGGCAAUGGAGGUUGGGGCCGAAAUUGAAGUGACCGAAGAUGGCGCACUGGAGGAGCUGCCGCUGCGGCUGGAGAACGCUAAGAACUGCCUCUCAUGGGAAGGCCUGGAAGCCUCCAGCAGCGAUGACGAUGGGGAGACCACCACCCCCACCUCCCUGCCCCCCUUGCGCCCACCCCGGCCCCUGGCGCCAAACCUGCUGGCUCCCCACUUCGCCACCAAAUCGCUGCCUCUGGAGAACAUCAUUGUCCCCUUCCGCCCGGGGCCUGCCACCGCCCCGGGGACCCAAGCGUUCGGGGCCUACCAGUGUCAGGAGUGCUGCCAGGUCUUUGUGGAGGAGUGGCACUAUCUCCAGCACGCCCAGGAGCACGCCCAGGAGCUGGCCCGGCGGCCCCGGCUGGCCCUGCCCCACUCCCUGCCCCGGAGGAAGCAGCGCUGCCCGGACUGCGGAAAGAGAUUCUCCCACCAGUCCCACUUCACCAGGCACGUCAAGUGGCACCUCAAGCUGGCGCAGGCGGGCAUCCGGGUGCAGCGGAGACGGGGGGCCCGGCCUUGUUCCCUCACCUCCUACGUCUACCAGCCGAUGGGCGCCGGGAAGAACCAGGCGGGUUCUGGGGACGUCCCCUGUCCGCCGGCCAACUGGGGGGGUUCGCCCGGCCUCAGGAAACAGCAGGGUGGGGCCCACCCCGGGAGGCGUGUGGGGCAGACAAAGGGGCGUCAGAUGCCCGAGGCCCGGACAGCGAGCAAGGAGCAGGGCACAGAAGGGCCCAAAGGGACCCGGCCGCGUAGACCGACUCUGGGCCGGGAGUUCAGCCUGCCUAGGCCAGUUGGCAUGAGUCUUACCCAGCCAAUGAACAUGGAGGACGAGGGGCGGGUGGCCAACUUCGACAGCAAGGUUGUCAUGAGUCCGCCGCAGCCAAUGAAUGGCCAGGUUGGCGGGAGCGCGCUUCAGGCGGCCAUCUUGGACAGCCAAAUUGGUGGGAGCACAUUUCAGGCAGCCAUCUUGGAUGGCCAGGUUGGUGGGAGCACUCUCAGGACACUGGUCAUCAAUACUGAGGAGCAGGCGGCCAUCUUGGAUGGCCAGAUUGAUGGGAGCCCUCUCAGGACGCUGGUCAUCAAUUCUGAGGAGCAAGCGGCCAUCUUGGAGAGCCUGGUAGGCGCCAGCCCUCUCCACUCUUUCCGGACCGUGGUGGUGGGAGCUGAGGAGCCGGCGGCCAUCUUGGAAGGCCAAGUUGGCGUGAGUCCCCUCCACCCCAUGCCCCUGCGGGCUGAGGAGCUCCCGCCUUCGUUGUUCCUGGAAGCCGAGCCCGGCCUCAGCACGGCGGUGGAUGCGGUGACCCUCCGCCUGGUCCCGUUGCUCCCUGACCCCCAGGGGCUCGUCCCGUGGGGCAGCCAGAUGGUGGGGGAGCUUCCUGACGAGGCCGGAGACUCUCAGCCCACGGCUUUCCAGCUCACGGGCUACCUCCCGCCGCUCAACCAACAGUGCCGACCCCCAGGCCCGCUCAAACUUCCCCCCUCCCCGCGGGCCCCCUUGCUCCUCCACCUGGUGCCCACCCACCCUGGCGAGCUGCCCCAGGUGCUGGAGCUGGAGUACGCACCAGGCGGUGGGCUGGCAGCGGAGCCCUGGCCGGGGGGCGUGGCACCAGAGGCCGGGGACGACUUUAUCGUGGUGGAGCUGGAGGCGGACGCUGGUGGGCGGGAGGAGGUGGUGGCCGGCCAGCCUGGCACUGCGGGGCCUGAGAGCUCCUUGGACGCCAGCAGGCGCCGGCAUUUCUGGUGCCCGGACUGCGGGGUGCGCUACGGCCGGGCGUCCCAGCUCCGCUCCCACCGCCGCGGGCUAGGGCACCAGCUAUGUGGCUGCGGCCGGCCCUUCCGGGGCCUCCUCCACCUCCUGCGGCACCAGCUCUGGCAGCUGGAGGGCGCCGCCUUCCUCUGCGCCGCCUGUGGGGAGGCGCUGAAGGGUCGCUGGGCACUGGGCCGCCAUGGGGGGCGGCACCCCGGCGCCCCCUGCUUCCGCUGCCCCUGUGGGGCGGGCUUCCAGCGCCUGCCUCGCUACCUCUGGCACCGGAUCCGGAACCAGCCGCCUGGCCUGGGCGUCUACAGCCUGGACAGCUUCCUCACCCCGGCCUGAGCGGGGCCGCACGGGGCCUGUGCCCUCCAGGGGGCGCCAGCUGCUACCCAGCCUCCUGGCAGGGACUGGCUGGCUCAGGGGGGCAGGGAAUGCGACAUGGGGCCUGUUCUCUCUAGGGGGCGCCGGCUCCCAUCCAGCCCCAGGGCAGGGACUGGCUGGCUCAGGGGGGCGGGGAAUGGGGCACUGGGCCUUUCCCCUCUAGGGGACGCCGGCUCUCAUCCGGCUCCAUGGCAGGGACUGGCUGGCUCAGGGGGGCGGGAAAUGGGGCCUUUCCCCUCUCGGGAGUGCUGGCUUCCAUCCUGGGUCUGGCUGGUGCUGAGUGACCUGAUUCUUGUUCUAAUUAGAUUGUUCCUAAUUAAAGAGCUAAAGCGCA